CAGAAUCAUUUUGGUGUGUUGUUACCGCUCCUAACCUACAUGUUGUGAUGUCAUUGGGUAAUGAAAAACCCAGCGUCGUGCUCGGAAACCUUUUGUCGUGAUGUCGCCGCCUAGAAAAAGCGUCUGAACGACAGACAGAAGUGAGGAUGUUAGCGUUAGCAGUUAGCUCGUCAGGAAGCUAGCUAGCGAUUAAAGCGCUUGAGACAGAAGCAGCUGCUCCCUCCUUCUCCUCCUUUAUACCGAAACUAUCUUGAAACCGGAUCUCAGAACAUUAUAGAAACUUUUAGGCGACAACAUAAGAUGCUAAUCGACUAGAACUCGAGAACCCAAAUGCUUUUACUUUACUGGGAAUGAGAGAAAGACUUAUAAACUAUUUGUUUGGCGAGGAUUGAUCUCGGAAAUAUUGGCUUUCCUGGCGUCAUUGUUAAGAAGAUUAUGGGAAGGAAGUCGCUGCGUGUAUGUGAAGUCUUCCUGAACAAAAUCUCCUAAAAUGACGCUUCUCUGACGUUGUUUUUGCUUUUUAAGUCUUCAGUUAUUUUUAUACAUUUUAGAGGAGAAGCGUUACCACAAUGACCGUCACGUUCAACCUUUGUGCCCUCCUAGUUUUCACCAUAGCAGCGUGCAUCCAUUUUGAGCCUGCCCGCGGCGCUGCCCGCUGUGGGCAUUCCCCCCAAGUCCUAAACAGUAAAGUGGGAGAGAUCAGGAGUUCUGCUUACCGCAGCUGGUCCUACCGCUUUGGCUCUGUCUAUGACUGCUGGGUCAUCAAUGGUUCAGAAGGAGAACCUGUCGUUCUCAGCUUUUCCCAGUUUUCAGCUCGGUGUAGGAAGGAAUGGGUAUCUAUAAAAUCUUCAGCUGGCGGCGAGCCUGUUGUCCUUUGUGGCUCCAAGUUGCCGCAACCAAUGGAGUUCCCAGGGGGAAAUAUUACAGUGAUGCACCACUUCCUCCCGCAUCUGUUUCCUGUGUCAUCGUUUCUAUUGAACUACGCAAGAGAUCCAGACUCUGGUGAAUGCCCGGUAACAUCCUUUGAGUGUCUGGGGGGCCGCUGCCUUCCUUUGUCCUGGCGCUGUAAUGGCCAGGUGGAGUGUCUCGGUGAAGGAGCUGGCCUCGGGUCAGAUGAACAGGGCUGUGAUGCAGAAUUGGAGACCCCCGAACCCCCAAAGUACGGCAGCACACAGGCAGAAGAGUCCCAAGGAGAGACUUUCACAGAGAAUAACCAAGAUAUGGACUUGAAGAGACGUACAGCUGUAGAUAAAACACCCGAGAGGGAUACAGAGUCUGAUGUGUGGGCGCUGCUGAAGGAUCGGCUGGAGGAGAAUGGCCAGGUGGAUCAAGAGCAGCCUCCUCAGACACAUAGGGAGCUGGUUGUGACUCCCACCCCCAUUGAGUGGCCCUGUGGGGGGCUCCUCCAGACAUUUUACGGCACUUUCUCCCCUCCAGCCAUUCGGGGCCACGCGUUGUACUGUGUCUGGACUUUGGACCCUCAGGACUCAAGGCCGCUAAGACUGGACCUGCAACAGCUGGUGCUGGGGCCCGGGGACAGACUCUCUGUGUCCAACAGAGAGCAAGGCAAAGGAGACGUUAUUAAAAUUAUCACCAGCUCCUCCAAUUAUAAAUCAGUCCAAGUUGAAUCCCACACCGGCCUGCUGUCGCUGACGUAUGAGACUCUUCCUGGCUCGGAGGGGAGCGGCUUCAACGCCACGUUCCAUGUUGGGACCUACUGCCCCCCUUGGGAGGGCCGGUGCGGGGGAGCAGCAGGAGGUUGCUUCACCCAGGGGCAACGCUGCGAUGGGAAAUGGGACUGUCCUGAGACGGGAAAGGACGAGGAGGGUUGCCGGGGUUGCGGUCAGAACCAGUUUGCCUGUGGAAUGGCGGGACAGAGGGCCGUGGCAUCCAGUCACUUCGCUGGCAGGCCGGUGUGCUACCCCGUCGCAGAGAGAUGUAACUACCAGCUGUACUGUGCUGAUGGCAGCGACGAGAGGGACUGCACCAUGUGCCAACCGGGGACCUUUCAUUGUGACAGCGACAGGUGUGUGUUUGAGAGCUGGCGCUGUGACGGCCAGGUGGACUGCAAGGACGGAACAGACGAGCUCAACUGCACCGUCAUCCUGCCCCGCAAGGUCAUCACCGCGGCAACAGUUGGCAGCCUGGUAUGCGGGCUUCUGCUGGUUAUCGCCAUGGGCUGCACCUGUAAACUGUACUCACUCAGGACCAGGGAGUACAGCUUGUUUGCGCCAAUCAGCCGCCAGGAAGCAGAGCUGAUCCAGCAGCAGGCUCCUCCAUCCUACGGUCAGCUGAUUGCUCAGGGCAUCAUCCCCCCAGUGGAGGACUUCCCCACUGAAAACCCCAAUGAGACGUCAUCUCUUUCUCUAAGGGGAAUCCUGCAGCUCCUCCGUCAGGACGCCGCCAACUCCCCGCACCGCAGACGCAGGCCCCGAUUCAUCCGCCGGGCCGUUCGCCGCAUGAGGAGGUGGGGUCUAAUCCCCAGACCUCCCUCCAGGCCGAGUCAGGCCUCAACCUCCGGCCAGCAGCAGUCGGACGCCGCACCUUCCGGUCAGGAACCAGCUAACUCCUCUGCCACGAGCUCCUCGUCAGCUGUGGAGGCGGUCAACCAGCCGGUGCCUCAGAAACUUGGUUUGUUGGCUCAGUCUGAGCCGCAGCAGCAACAGCAGCAGGAAGCACCACCUCCUUUACUGCCGCCUCCUGCCGCUUCCCCACCCCCACCUCCGUACGCUCCCCCAGCUCCUCCCUCGGUCACUCCCCAGACUCCCCCUGUCACCGUCCCCCCGAGCAGCCCCUCUCUGUCCUCCAUCUUGCACACGCUGGGCCUGAGCAUCUCUCUCUUCAGAGCCUCGCCCUCUUCCUCCACCAACUCCAUGCCCCUCUCCGCCUCCCCUUCCUUCUCCUCGUCCUCCUCAGAUGACGAGGUGCUUCUUAUCCCCCUGUCUGAAGACACCACUUCAGAGGACGACGUGCCCAUGCUCACCUGAAUGACUUCCUCACGUGCCCAGUACACCCCGCCCCUCCUUUAUCUCCUUCACUCAUUGAUAAUAACUGAAACCCAGUCUUUCCAUGUUUGUUUGAACUUGAGCACAGAAGCGGUCCACGGCGAGACUCACUGUGCAAGUCUGGUGCCUUUUUUUUGAAAAUUGUUUUGAGAUGGAUUUGUUGACUUAUGGAAUCAAGUAUUUGACUUUUCUUUUUAAGACCUCCUUGCAAAGGUUUUAGACGAAAAGCACGGCUGAUGUAUGUUUGAGAGUAAGUGUAGACGAGAAUUGGAUGUGCAUUUAAUGAAUGCCAGGCUGCACAUUGAAGGUAAACUUUUGCACAGAAGAAUCUUCCCUAUCCAGAAACUGAGGCUGGUUGCUGUCAGAUUGAAUGAUCAGAGUUUUUAAAUAACAUGAUGGAUAAUGUUUGUAUGACUGCAACUGUGUGAAUGCAUUUGCAUUUUAGUCUUACAUAGACAGUGGAGUAUGUUUGUGGAUGUGGAUUGUCUCCACAUUCUGCCACUUGCAUCCAGUCUCAUGUUAUAUCACAGUUAAAGAAAAAAAAGUCCCCUAUUUAAGUGCCUUUUGAGGAGUUUCCUGUAGAUGGCUCGUGGAGAUUACGAAGGUUCCUGAGAUACACACUGCACACCAAAACACACGGAGGCACAUGUUUUCUCACAUCAUAGCACGCGUUGACACAUCAGUGGCUUUAUUAUGAACAUGAACAAAAAUGCAUGUCUACUCUGCAAGCUGGCAAUAACUUUUUUGGGCCCCUGUUUUAGUGCACAUUGCAACAAAACUGUGUAAUGAGCGUGUGUGCGCGCGCACACACACACUUCUCCUCUUCCAAAGUGAAUGUAAGUAAUCUGAAAAGUAAAUGUGUCAAAAGACAAUCUCUUUGGUGCCUGAUUUUAAGGUGGGUGGGUGUGUGUGUGGUGUGCACAGCACGAUGAGGCGCCCCAGUGAUGCACGGUGCCCUGAAUUCACAAAAUACCCUCAACUUGAAUCUUCAACCCUUGAGGGGAAUCGAUCGCGAUCAGUCAUAGUUUGACACAACAGACUUGUGGUGUGCUCUUUGUAUUAUUGUACAUUUUAUGUUGUUUUUAUUUCAGCAAGUUGCUUUUCUUUUUUUUUUCUUAAGUUCUGUUUUGCUUUGUUGAAUGUAUUACAGUCGACAUGGAGUAGCUAGAAGUUUUAAUUUUGAAAUGUAUUGAGGUAAAUAAGAGAGAAAGUGAUUUUAUGGAUUGCUAGGGUCAACUUCACUGUAUAUAAGUAAAAAUGUUGCUGAGAUUAAACAAUUUGCACUUUUA